AUGAAAUGGGCCGACGCCGGUGUCUCUGAGUCUCUGAGAGACAUGUGGUCGUGGGUAACAAGUAGGCUCCGUCCCGGGGAAGGACGUAGUGGAGGAAAGGCGGAGGAAGGAGCAGAGGAGCUAAACCCAGGAGGAAGGCACCGAACGGCGAGGAGCAGGACCUUCCAGGAACCGAAGGAGCUGAAGUCACCGAUUCGGGACCACCUUCCCGCCUUGCCCCAGGAAAUCGUCGAGUCCACCAUUCGUGCCGAAACCACCGACAGGAUGCACGCGGCAGCAUACGAAUGGCUCGAAGCCUCAUCAGACGUGACCAGAUUCAUCAUCAUCGUCCAGGGUUUUCAGGUGAAGAUAAUAUUGCCGUUGGUCAAGGUCAGGCCAGACCCAGAACCCAGACCCGGCCAGUCCAGGCUCCCCGAAAAGUUGGGAACUGCCGGGUAA